GCAAAAAGCCAAUUCCACUGUGUUUCUCUGUGCCAAUGCCAUUCACGAGUCAAAACAAUUGCACAGCUUUCCAUUUUUGUAGUUAGUAAAUCAUAUUUCUCACUGACAAAGCAGAGGAAAGCUAAAACAGCAACAUAGCCAGGAGAAAAAAACAAAGCAAACACUGAGGUCUGAGUUCUGGAGUUAAAUGUGAUGUGCAAAGUAAAGAAAGAUCAAAUUAUGAAGCUCAGAUCAAAGAAAGAUCAAAAUACCAGUUAGCUCCUUUUCUUCUAGUAUGGCAACAGAAAAAAUUCUUUCCAGUAAGCCACAUUUCUUGCAGCCAGUUCUUCCAGGUUUUAAGCAUCAGCAAUUUUCAAUCCCUGUUUCAUUUUUCAAGUACUUGAAGGGACAAAAGUGUGAGAGAGCUAUAUUGAGAGGACGCACUGGGAAGAUUUGGCCUGUGAAGAUAAACAGUAGAAGUUUUGAAGAUGGUUGGAAAGAUUUUGUUGAAGAUCAUGACUUGCAUGUUGGUGAUUUCUUGGUGUUUAGACAUGAAGGGGAAAUGGUUUUUGAUGUGAUGGUGUUUGAAUCAAGUGCCUGUUUGAGAGAAUAUCCUUCCUUUCCUGCAAAAGAAUUUGAUAUAAAAGAGGAGGAAAUAGAAUUUCAAGAAGAACAACUUGCUCAAAAAUCUAGUCCUGAGAAGUAUAACAAGAAGGAGCAAAACAGGACUACCUUACAAGGAAAAGCUGCUACUUCUGUUCAUGAACAACAUUACUUUGUGGUAAAACUGACAUCUUACAGCGCCAAGCGAUGUAAAUUGCAUAUUCCAAUUAAAUUUGCAAGGACACAUGGCCUUUGCAACAGCAAUUGCAAGAUGAUUCUUAUGAAUGAAAAGGGAAGGUCUUGGCCAGCAGUGUCAUGGAACAAAAAAUCAGAUGGUCAAGUUUAUAUCGGACGCGGUUGGACUUCCUUCCGUGAUGCAAAUAAUCUUAAGGCAGGAGAUUCAUUCAUUUUCAAACACAUUGAGAAGCAGAAGAUACCUACAUUUAAAUUUCAUAGAUUCUAUGAAGGGCUGCUGCAAGCAAAUACUGAGGCUAAAAUGGAGCCAACUUAUCAAGAAGUACACGCUGGAUCCUUAUCGAUCCGACAUCACCAUAUUAGUGUUUCUAAGAAGGUAUCUUGCCCUGGAAACUCUGAGAAAACUGCAGAAGAAGUGGAAAAAGAAUGCAGGCCCAGGAAGCCCAAAAAGAAGCAGCAAUGUGCGACUAACUAUGAAGUGAAAGCUAGUUCUUCUGUUCUUGAACAACCUUACUUUGUGGCAAAAGUGACAUCUUAUGGUGCCUGCCGAUCAAUACUGUAUAUUCCCACAACAUUUGCAAGGCUAAACAAUCUGAAUAAUAGACGUUGUAAGAUGAUUCUUGUGGAUGCAAAGGGAAGGUCUUGGCCAGCAAAGUUAUGGCAUAAAACGUCAGAUGGUCGAGCUUACAUCCAUGAUUGGAAUGCUUUCCGUGUUGCAAAUGACCUUCAUCCAGGAGAUUCUUUCAUUUUGGAGCUCGUCGAUAAGGGCGAGAUGCCUGUAUUCAAAAUGAGCAUGAUGAAAGUGAACACUAAGACCGACAGUGAGAUGAUUCAUCAAGAUGGAGAAGCAAGUUCUUCGUCAAUCAGGCAUCCUUAUUUUUAUGUCACUGUGAAGGCAUAUCACAUUCAAAACUCUUACCUACAAAUUCCAAGUGAUUUUGCAAGGAGGAAUGAUCUGAUAGGCAAAUGUUCUGAGAUGAUCCUUACGAAUGAAAGAGGAAAUUCAUGGGUAGUAUCAUUAGAGACAGGUAAGGAUGGCAAAGUGUAUAUAGGAUGUGGCUGGAGCGAGUUUGCAAAAGCAAAUGGCCUAAGAGAGAGAAACAUCUUCAUGUUGGAACUUGUGGAGGGAGGGAAUAAGCCUGCUAUGAAAUUUUAUGGUGUAGAGCAGCGAACAGCAGGGAACAAAAUAUCCUACAAGGACAGUGCUCAAAGGAUCAGUUUUGAGAAUUGUGAAGAUGUUAAACCUAUCAUACAGCAUCCGGAGUAGGCAUUUUUUCAGUUCUCAUAACUCUGGUUAUUGUGUAUGCUAAUUACAAGUACUGAGUACUGACUUCUGUGUGUAUCUGCUUUUCUUUCUUUAAGAGAAAAGAAAUAGUAUUAC